AUGCAUGCAGCCUUGCCACAGGCCGUAAGCCAUGCGAACCAGGCCAGCAUGCGUAGGCCAAUGCGCAUGCCCAGCGUGGUUAGUGGAUUUGCACGACCAACAUCCACUCCCAGACCAAGCCAAGCACCUGCACGGCUAGCAUGCACGCCCAGACCAAGCCAGGUAGCUGCACGACCAACCUGCCUGCCCAGACCAAGCCUGGUGCGUGGCCACGCACAGGCCCCUGCACAUCACCAGUCAGCACCCAGGCCCACGCCUGGUCAUGCCAAGCAGCAGCAGGCCAUGACCACGGUGCCACACCAGCCAGACCACCAAGCAACCAUGACUAGAUCGUGCAACACCACUCCACCAACUUCAGAACCAGCUUAA